CGCAGUGCACCGACAAAUUCGACCGCCUGCAAGUCAUCGACCUCUACAUGACAGAAUAUCCGCGGGACAACAGCUGGCAUCGCAAGAUGAAGAUCUUUGUCGAGGUCCUUAAAGGCAAGACCAUCACUCUGGAGGUUGGGAUUUUAGACACAGUUGACAGUGUGAAAGCAAAGAUUCAUGACAAGGAGGGCAUCCCUAUAAACCUGCAGCGCCUCAGGUUCUCCGCUCACGGCGUGCUGGAGGAUGGACACACCUUAGGUGAAUACAACAUCCAAGAGGGUUCUACCCUUCUUCUCAUAUUGGAACUGCAGAUUUUUGUGGAGACCCUUCCUGGUAAAACUACCCCUCUCAAGAUCUAUUCGUACUAUACCAUCGAGCAUGUCAAGAGAGAUAUGUUUCUGGGUCAGCAGGAGAAGCUCAAUGUUUAUAUGCUCAACGGGAAGCAGCUACACAACAGCAUUUCAUUGGCUGAUUAUGGCAUCCAGGAAGGAUCUACUCUCAUCAUCACUCUUGAAGUUGCAACCGUGGAUACCAUCGGCGAUGUUAAGGAGAAGAUUCAAGAUGAACAGCAUUUUCCCAAAAACCAACAGUGCAUCAUCUUUGCCAAUAAACAACUAGAAGAUGAUGUCACCUUGGCGGAUCACAACAUCCAGAAGGAGUCCACCCUUCUCCUUGUCGUUAACCACCCAUCUCAGAGAGGUAAGAUGACCAUCUAUGUCAAGACGUUGUGGAACAAAAUCUACAUUCUUGAGGUUGAGAACAAUGAUACGGUCUAUGAUGUCAUGGUGAUGCUCCAAGGUAAGAUGUCCGUUUUCCCACAUGUUCAGCGCCUCAUCUUUGGCGGCAAGCAGCUAGAUGUCAACCAUACCUUGGAUCACUACAAGGUCAAGAUGUAUUCCACCCUCCACCUCGUGCUCAGAUUUGGUGGAGGCUGA